AUGGAAUUUUUGUUUGCGGUGGAACCGCGUGGACUCAGUGGAGAUUUCAACGAUAUCUUGGAGGCUACCGAGAAAAAGGGAGGCAACCCCCGUUCAGAAAGGAGUUAUCCCCAUACAUGGCGAAAUAGACGGGAGAAUGGUUUGAUCCAGGAGAGACUUGAUAGAGGUCUCGCCUCUGAACCUUGGCUUCGGAAUUACCCGGAAGCUCGAGUGAUGCAUGUGGCCUUGGCGGGUUCAGACCAUGCGGCUCUUCUGCUUACUACGAAACCUUCUACCACCCGUUGGCACCGCAGAUUUGUUUAUGAUUCACGGUGGGGUCGUCAUACCCGAUGCAAAGAUGUUGUAUCAGAAAGAUGGCAGAAGUAUUUUCCAGGGUCCCGGGGAGACCAACUUAUUGGGAAACUAGGCUGGGUGCGGACAGGUCUUGUCCAGUGGUGGAGACAAGAAGGACGCAACUCUUCUGAUCAUAUUAGUCUUAUUCGAAGGCAACUGCAAUCUGCCUACACCGAUCAGGAUUUUGAUGGCUCUAGGGUGAGAGCUUUGGAGCAGGACCUCAAGGAUGCUCUUCGCAAGAAGGAGCUCUACUGGAAGCAAAAAUCACGCAUACAAUGGUUGAAUGAAGGAGAAAAGAACACGAAAUUUUUCCACUCCAAAGUGAUGGCUUGUCGUCGUCAAAACCAUUUAACGGGCUUGGAGGAUGCAACUGGUGUCUGGUAUGAGAAGGAAACUGAUAUUCACGCUAUUACUGUCUCCUACUUUCAAGACUUGUUCACCACCAGUCAGCCAUCACGCAUCAAUGAAGCAGUGGAUUGUGUCAGCAAACGAAUCACUGAGAGCGAGGGCUCCCUAUUGCUUAAGGCUGUAACACAGGAGGAGGUUUUCGACACUGUAAAGAGCUUGAGUCCCUCAACCUCUCCAAGGCUUGACGGAUUCACAGGGGCUUUUUUUCAACAUCAUUGGGCUGUGGUUGGUACUGAUGUCUUUCGACUAGUUCAGAGUUUCUUUCACUCUGGCAAGCUACCUAGACAGCUUAAUCACACACUUAUCACCCUUAUCCCCAAAAUUCCGAAUCCCCGAAAUAUGAAGCAGUGGAGACCAAUUUCUCUUUGUAAUGUGAUUUAUAAAAUUAUCUCAAAAAUUCUUACCAACCGUUUGAAAACUGUGUUGCCGCAGAUUAUUAGUCCGCACCAGUCAGCUUUUGUGGCAGAAAGGCAGAUCACGGACAACAUCUUAGUGGUGCACGAGAUUCUUCACUCUCUACAACGGAGUAAGCGCUCAAGCUUGAUAUGGCGAAAGCCUUUGACCGUGUUGAAUGGCCUUUCCUGA